ACUGCACAAGCCAGGCUGCGAAAAAACAUUUUCCAACUUCCUUCGUGUCACAAAUGGUUGCUUCGUCUGUUUGUUCCGUGUAAAUUAGUGCUAUUUUCGUGAUAAUUUCCGGUUUUCCGUAACCGAACCUUGUGCCACUUUGUUCAGACAUCUACGGGCCUCCCAUCCAUUAAGGCGAAGCGAAAAGAAAAAAGGGAAGACAUGGAGCAAAAAUACAACAUGGCUGACCGAAGAUCUGGCGGAUCGAGCCGAAAUAAUUUUAACGAUGAAAAAAGCCCGGCCGACAUUCCACCGAUGUCCCGGCUCUUUAUCAUCUGCAGCAAAUCGAUGACCGAGGACCUGCUGCGGGAACAUUUCGGCAAGUACGGGCUCAUCGAGGAGAUCUGGAUCGUGAAGGACCGGCAGUCGGGUGACGCCAAGGGGGUGGCGUACAUCAAGUUUUCCAAAACCUCGGAGGCGGCCCAAGCCCUGGAGGAGAUGAACGGGAAAACUAUUGGGGACAAUUCCCGGCCGAUAAAGGUCCUGGUAGCAGCCAACCGGCAGCAGGGUUCCCGGAAGCAGACCGAAAACGAAGAGGAGAAGUACCUGCGGCUGUUCGUGCUCAUCCCGAAGGAGAUGUCCGAAGAAUCGCUGCGCGACGAAUUCGGAGAGUACGGUUCCAUCGAAAAUGUGACCAUCAUCCGGGACAAGGUGACCAAGGAGGGCAAGGGGUUCGCGUACGUCAAAUUCGCCCGGUUCACUCACGCAGCCCGCGCCUUCGAGGGUUGCGAUGCCAAGUAUAAGGCCGUUUUCGCGGAACCGAAGCCACCACGGAAUGCUUCCGUUUCCUCGAGUGAGAACUUCGGUGGAUUCGGUGCUGGCGGCAGUGGCUCCAAUGGGUUCCAGGACGAUAGACGUGGUGGCCAGGGACCGGUUACGGGACCUUCGAUGGGCUUUGGAUCCAUGGGAGAUCGCCGGGGACCGGGCCUUAGUGAUCGCGGUGGGGUGAAUUUUGGCUUCAACAGCAGCGGUUAUUCCAGUCAACCCGUGAAUCCCAACGAUACAACUUUGACCGUCUUGUGCAGCCCCUCGUUGAACCAGGAUCAGUUGUGGCGACUGUUCGACAUUAUUCCGGGAUUGGACUACUGUCAGAUCAACAAUGAUUACAAUACACGAAACGCUACAGCAACGGUAGUUUACAACAACGCACAGUCAGCCUUGUAUGCUCGCGACAAGAUACACGGUUUGGAGUAUCCUCCGGGAGAGAGGCUCAUCAUUCGUCUGGGCCACGAAACCGUGGGUGUGUUGCCACAAAAUAACGACCCUUUCAAUAACGGAACAGCAGGCAAAAACUCAUCGGACAACAGCAUGUGCACCGUUCCACUCCCAGCGCCGCAGCCGAUGGCCAACCCGAAUGCAGCCGUAGCGGCACGUUGUUUCAUUGUAUGCCUGCCGAAGGCGUUACCCGCCAACAUUCUGAAGCAAACUUUCUGCCGCUUCGGGGAUCUGAUUGAUGUGUUCCUGUUGCCAAACAAAACCUACGGAUACGCUAAGUUUGCGAGCGAGAAAAGCGCUAAGAAAGCGAUGGAAAUUUUGCAUGGAGCCGAAGUUAUGAACAUUCGAUUGAAGGUGUUGGAAGCCGAGGACCCAAACAACGACCGCCGGAAGCGCAUGCGCCAUGACGAGCGCAUGGACAAUGAGUAAACAUUUUCUUGCAUGUUGAAUAUUGGAGUAGUAGUUCCUGUGUUUUCCAUUCGGAUGGAAAACAACCCGAUGCUGUGCGAGAGAUCUUCGGACUCGACUCGAAGGACCAGAACUACUACUAUACUACUUUACGCUUCAGACGACCGAACAAACCCUACCACAUUGAAAAACUCUCAGAAUCAAUAUGUCCAUUUCGUACCUAGCCCAGUACCCCAAGAUCAUUACAAACAAAGAUAAAAUACUAACGCAAAACUUGCAGAGAAUGACCGCUUGGACCAACGAACCCAAACCAAAACCACAGACUUUGCGCAUCAUCUCAUCAGAACGAUACGAAACGUAUUUUACUGACGUACGGAGGAAAGUACGAAUCAUAUUGAAAAUUUAACUGGACACUACUGAAAAAAAAAACAAUCCUUGAAACGGAAGAUUUCCCUGCUACCGUUUCGUAAAACUCUGAUUGUGUUAAAUCGAAAAGGACCCAAGAACAGAUCUAACAACUACGUUCCAAGUACCCAGAAGAGAACCACCAAAAAAUCACUCGUCUAAAGACAACAUUCCCGGACUUUGCUGGACCUUUCCGGACGACUCGGGACUUAACCCGACCAGACUGGAGCAACCAGAGAAGGACACACUGAAGUUGAACCAGAUAUUUAAAAAAACGUAACGGAAAUUUACUGAGAACGAGAGAGGCAGGUGGCGAAAGCAUUUGGCAGGUGUGAAACGUGACGACUCAGCAGGAAUCACACGUUAUCGGAGACGUACACACACAAUAGGGUACUUUGCGAGAUUUGGCUAUGGACGAUUUUUAUUUGAGAUGGACAGUUGACACAGCUACCAACCUCGGUACUGCAUCAGCACAUACUUGAAAGAACUUUAGUAUACUGUUCUACUAUAUACUAGCACUAGACAUAAGUCAGAAUUUGUUUUCUUCAAUUCCAUAACUUUCGUAAGGACAUAUUUUACCAAUUGAACUAUGAACAAUAUUAGUUAACAUCAGAGUACAUUGUGAACAUUCACCUACUACUAACAAUUCAUUGCAAUUGUAAAAUUUUGCUUUUCUUCAACCUUUCCUGUUUUUCCAACGACUAAUUCAAUAACGGAAUGUUAUUUUACUUGCUCUUAGGAUGACAUACGCAAUCUUAACUAUAGACCACGAUCAGUGACAUGAUGAAUUUAAUUUUUCCUUGAGAGUUUUUCAUCGCGUAAAAUACAAACAUACAUUGAGAUUAUUGUUUCUAACACACGCAUCCGUGUGGAGGUUUUCCAUUUGACACUAAGUAGGGUAAAAGCAUAAAAAAAUACACACAAAACAACUAAACAUGCAACAAAAAAUAUGCAAUUAGUGUUGAGUAAAUAAACUCGAUUGAAUCACGUGACUACAAGAUCCUAAGCACAUCUACGUCUGAACAAAUGAGACAAAUAUUCACAUUCGCUUACACACCAAUACAUCAUAGAAAUGAGACUUUCGAGAAAACAAAAGCGUAGCCGAUGGCAAACAAUCUUUCUACAUCCAUUACAUACUAUUUAUUUCCAAGAAACAAAUAGAAAUACUGAUUUUUAUUUAACAACAACAAAAUCAACAAUGUCAAAGAUUUCUUUUAUUUUGUACAUGUUUAUAGUUCAUCCCAUUUUAAUAGUAAUUUUAUUUUUAUUUUUUGGUGUGCAAAACACAAACGCAGAUAACACUACAGUAAAACUUUAGUAUACCAUUUAUUUACUUAAAAUAAUAAUUAAAAUACCAACAACAGCAACAAAAAUACAAACUUUGGGUUUCCCGCUGACAACUUGAAUACAAUCGUUUAGUGGUAAGUUCUAUAUUGUGAAUUGUUUCUUCAUACGUAUCCUAAAUUCAUCGGGAAUCAUCCAUUCGUUCAUCGAAUCAUCAGAAAUUCAACCAUCAUAUCCACCACGCUAAAUUUGUCUCAUCUAACAUCAUUUAUGAAUUCAUAAACAAUCAACAGAUAUGUGAAUAAUUUGAAACAGUCUCUUGAAACAUGCUUCCCUUUCCCGGGAAUCCCGAUCCAUGGUACGCUAGUUGUGCUGAAAUGUGUAUAAUUAAGAAUUUCGCUUUUCCCGGAUCCCCCACACCUAUCAUUUUCAUUCGAAUAUUCUUCACCCAUUUAAGAUAAAGUACCUACAUUAUUAUUGCUUCUGAACUGGUAACAUAUUAAAUAGUACGAUAUAAAUUUUCUGAUAAGUAUAAUUUGAUACCCGUUAAGGAGAAAGUGGAUAAGUGAGAUAAAUGAAAAAAAAAAAACAAUCUAGAGAGAGAGUGAUAAGAAAUAAAGAAAUGCCAACAUUUUUUAAAACUCAAA